GGAAUCCGUAAAAUCUCAUUUGACCAAUUUAGCGUUAAACGAGACCCUAAGACAUUUCUCAUCGCAAUUGAAUUUUUAUUAGUUAACGCCAGAUGGUUCAAAGUUUUACGAUUUUUUCAUUCCGCUGUAGUUUCUUUGAAAUUUUUGUACCAGCAACGUGGUAUAUUCGACCUAUUCGACUGUAGAUAAAGUUACUUAAGUAGGAACGCAAAACUGACUGUGAUUGGUUAGUUUACCUCGCUAUAAAGCAAAUAGGUGUUAAACUGCAUGCACGCGCCAACGAUGUGUUAAUAAUCGCUUGUUAAACAAAAUAGGGAAACAAUUUUUUAUAUAAUUAUAUGUGUAAAUGCGAACGGCUGUUUUUAUUGCAACGUUAGAUAAACUCACGGUGUUAGCGUUCUUGCGGCUAAGCGGACUUCAAUUUUUAUUGUGUAGUUAAAGAAUUCGUAUUUCAGAUUUUUAAUCAAUUACGGUUGACAAUGGCAUUGCAACAACACAAUGGUCCAGAUCAAAUCGUACCUUCCGAACACAUUGUGACUACGAGGGCAGAUGGACGUAUCAAUCUUCGCAUUCCCGAAAGUGGAAAAGCUAUCGAAACCACACCGCCAAUCUCAGUUCCUGGACUACUGAAACGCACAGCUGACAACAGUCCCGAUUGUCCAGCACUCGCAUAUAAAGAAGACGGAAAAUGGAAGCAGAUCACUUACAAGGAGUACUAUGAUCAAGUGAGGAUUUGUGCUAAGGCGUUUAUUAAACUAGGACUCAAAAGGCAUCACGGUGUUUGCAUACUAGGGUUCAACAGUCCAGAAUGGUUCAUCUCCGAUCUUGCUGCGAUAUUUGCAGGGGGAAUAGCUGUUGGUAUUUAUACUACGAAUUCAAGCGAAGCUUGCUACCACUGCGCCAAUUACACCAAAGCUAAUAUAAUCGUCGUUCAAGACCAGAAACAACUAGACAAAAUUCUUGCCAUAAAAUCGCGUUUGCCAGAUUUGAAAGCCAUUGUUCAGUAUGAAGGAGAACCAACAAGUCCAGAUGUAUUGAGUUGGUCCGAGCUUCUGACGAUCGGAAAAGAUCAAGGGGAUGAAGAGUUGGAACGGGUCCUCAAAACCAUCGCCGUCAACGAAUGUUGUACCAUCGUCUUCACAUCCGGUACCAUCGGAAAACCCAAAGCCGCUAUGCUAAGUCACGACAAUCUCACAUGGGACGCUUUGACAAUAUCCGAACGGUUAGAAGUAAAAAAACGUGGAGAGGUCCUCGUGAGUUAUUUGCCUCUGAGUCAUGUGGCAGCUCAAGUCGUUGAUAUUUACAUCGUCAUGAUAAAUUCGGCCUGCACCUACUUUGCCGACGCGAAUGCGUUAAAAGGUACCCUAGUGGACACACUAAAAGAAGCGCAACCAACGAAAUUCUUGGGUGUCCCGCGAGUGUGGGAAAAGAUGCACGAAAAAAUGAUGGAAGUGGCAGCUCAAAAUGGCGGAAUAAAACAAGCGAUAGCGUCAUGGGCCAAAAACCAAGCUCUGGAGCAUCAUCUCAACAAAAUCCAAGGGGUCAAUUCAAAUAGUUGGGGUUACUGCAUUGCCAGCGCUGUGAUAUUUAAAAAAAUUAAGCAAGCUCUUGGUUUCAAUCGUUGCACGUUGUAUGCGUCAGCAGCGGCCCCUCUAGCGGCAGACAUCAAACGAUAUUUCUUAAGUCUAGACAUACCGAUUAUGGAGGCUUUCGGUAUGUCGGAGGCAGCCGGAGCUCACACCUUAUGCACCAUGGAUUCCUUCGGUUUAGACACAAUAGGUAUGGGUCUACCAGGAACCAAGACGAAAAUCGUUAACCCGGAAGACGGUCAAGGCGAAAUAUGCAUGUACGGCCGACACAUCUUCAUGGGGUACUUAAAUGAUCAAGAAAAAACGGACGAAGCGGUGGAUUCUGAAGGCUGGCUACACUCUGGAGAUUUAGGUCGCAUAGACCAAAAGAACUUUGUGUAUAUAACAGGUCGACUGAAGGAACUUAUCAUUACGGCGGGUGGUGAGAAUAUCGCACCCGUACCCAUCGAACAGCUUGUGAAGGCCGAGUUGCCCCACAUCAGUAACGUAUUCCUUGUCGGGGAUAAGAAAAAAUUUUUGUCGGUUUUGCUCACGUUUAAAACGGAGGUGGAGCCGGAGAGUGGGAGACCUUUAGAUAUACUAAUUCCAAACGUUCAAGAGUGGCUGAAAAGUUUAGGUUGUCCAGCUAAAUCAGUGAGUGAAGUUUUGCGAGCCGGGCCCGACCCCGCAUUGCUGCAUGCUCUUCAAGAUGGGAUUGACAGAGUUAACCAACAAGCUGUAUCCAACGCUCAAAGGAUUCAGAAAUUGUCGAUACUUCCGGUUGACUUUUCUAUGGCAACGGGAGAAUUAGGACCAACUCUGAAGGUGAAAAGGAACAUCGUAGCCGCCAAAUAUUCCGAUAUUAUUGAAAGAAUGUAUGCUUGAAGCCGUCGUUGUUUUGAAAUUUUGGUGGUCUAGUUGUAGUUCGAUUACAAAAACGCUAUUGUCAAAAUAUUCUUUACUUAAAAAUAAUAUAAAUAAUACCUUGAGUAUAA